AGCCUCGGCUCCACCGCCGCCGUCUUUGCGCUUCUGCCCUGCGGAUGAGAUAGACCGCCAGCCUGCGUCUUGUUUAGCAUUGGGCUUCGAGCCCGCGCACGCAGCAUCCUCCCGCCAUCGCCAUGGAGACGUUUAAAUCCCUAUUCGCAAAGCCAGAUCCCCAGCAGCAGAUGCGAAAAUGCAACGCUCUGCUCAGGGCCAACAUCCGAAAACUCGAUCGCGACAUCACUCAGGUCAAGCAGGUCGAGAUCAAGACCAAGAACCUCAUCCUACAAGCAGACAAGCGCGCUCAGCGAGAUCCCACGCGGGCCAAGCAAGCGCAGAAGGAAGUCCGAGACUUUGCGCGCGAGCUGGUCCGGGCCCGGAAGACGUCGGCGCGGCUAGUGACGUCAAAGGCCCAGCUCAACUCGGUGCAGAUGCAAGUCAACGAAGCCUUUGCAGUUCGCAAGAUUGAGGGCUCUAUCCGAGCCAGCGUCGGCAUCAUGAAGGACGUCAAUACCCUCAUCCGACUGCCCGAGUUAUCCGGCACGAUGCGGGAACUGAGCGUCGAGCUGAUGAAGGCGGGCAUCAUCGAGGAGAUGAUCGAUGAGACGCUGCCUGAGGACGUGGACAUGCUCGGAGAAGAUGAAGAGGCCGAGGGUGAGAUUGAAAAGAUCCUGGGCGAGGUCCUCAAGGACAGGAAAGAGCCGUCCCUUCCCGCCGCGCCGCUCCCCGAGCCGGAGAAACUGGUGGCGGAAGAAGAGGAGGACGAGGAGGACGCCGAGGCAAUGAUGGACCAGAUGAGAAAUCGAUUAGAUGCCCUGCGCAGUUAGAGCGGGCACAAAGCCGUUUUACGUCCCGCAACUUGGAUCAUAGGCAGCGGUGUUUGGCGUCUGGUUUUCUUGGGGGGUGGCUUUGACAGAUAUACAAGUACAUACAUAGGUAAUACUGUCCCCGGGGGCAACUUUGCCCUAUUUUCAUACACAUCGUCCAAGCGACACGGGAGCGGGCUCCCGCUCACCACCUGCCUGAAGAGCCCAUGUGACUACUCUGUGUUGCAUAAUCGAGAUGCCCUUGGUCCCGAUUUGGUGCCCCUUGUGCCUGGCGCCAUCCGGCACGGGAGAGCCAUGCCAUGCUCUCUUAUGGAUCUGCGUAUGACUGUCCCCAUACGGAUGCCGGCACUGGUCUGGCAGCAGAAGCAUGGACUGACGAGAGCCGGCGCACGGCCAGUGGAGUUGUUACUUGGCUGAGUGAUCCAUGCUGGAGCCGUGACGGCGUCCAAGUCGGCAACGAAAAGUGGAUGCCGAGAGAGAUCUGGACGGGGAGCUCGGUGAGGGAGCGGAAGAGGUCCCUUUAUUGGAUAUUAUGCUAUAUAGACCAUGGAAUCCAGAGAGAUUACGAUGUUACAAUGGU